AUGGAGACUCCCGCCUCUAGCAUUAGUGACACUCAAUCCCCGUCCAAAAAGGACAGUCCGAUGUCGAGGACAGAAUCUGUGGAUAUCGAAGAGGUGGCUCUGAAGCCUGGAAGCGCCGAGCACCCUUCGAAGUCAGACGAGACCGAGCUGAGCGCGGCCAUAGAACAAGCCGUAAACCAUCGUCGUCUAAACCCCAGGCAGAUUCAACUUACGGCUAUGGCUGGAUCCAUUGGAGCCGCUCUCUUCGUGGGCAUUGAAUCUGGUGUUAUGUCUGGGCCCCUGUGCUUAUUCCUAGCGUCCAUUUUUGGGCCUCUGCUGUCUUCUCUGUCGCACAGUGCCGUAUGUGGUUACGCGUCCACCCUACGACUGACAAUAUGCUUCAUGCGCCUGGAAAUUAGCAGACUAACAAUCACCACUUUCGCCACUUCUCUACCUCGCAAUCAACGUAUACCGAGCCGAUCUUUUUGGAGAAGCCGAGUGUUCGCCCUGGGCAAGAUCUUGCUCGCUGCGGGCUUGAUUAUCUACAGGAUUGGUGUCAUGCUGGGAGUUAACCCGAUGAACGAGUGUGUCCGCUCCCCAGUUGCUGAAGCCAACCCUAAUACUCUUUGCAGUCGGUUCGGUUUCCGGUACUGGAAAGAGCCCGGACUAUGGGCUGGCGCUAAGCCGUCGGGCAUGCUGAUGUCAUUUGUAGACGCUGCCAACGUUGCUGCUUUCUGCAUGGGAGGGCCAGAUGGUUGUCUCUGCAUCGGGAUCGCUCUCGCCAGUGUUACCGGAAUCGAAUGGAAGGUUCUCAAGCACGCCGUUCCAUAA